GGUGUAAAUACUUUUCUAGUGAGAUCUGAGCUUGGGAAAUGGAGAUUGUAGAAGAACAAGCUCCUCUCACCAUUUCUUCUUCUCUCUAAAAAAAAGAGACUUCACCGAUUCUUUUUAUUAUUCCUUCCCAGAUUUUCUCGGGAAAAUUAAUUCUUUUCCUCCUCUUUCUUCUCACUUGUUGUUCCUUAACACUCCCUUCUUUUUCUUCUUCUAGAUCUACUAUAAACUGAUUUCAUUUCAGGAUUAAACCAUCCAAGUCUUCGGCAAGAUAUGGGUUUGUUCGUGUUCUAUUAAACUUGUUUCAAUCGAGAAUUAAAAAGAAUCCGAUUCCACAGAUGGAACUAUGUGCUGUGGAUCAGACCGAUUAAACCAGAUCGUGUCAUCAAGUUCUUCGUUGUCAAUUUUUUUCGAGGAUAACAAUCUUGUUACCUACACAGACAUGAAUCACUUAACAGUCGAAACAGAGGAUACGUUUGCGAGCUUGCUUGAGCUCGCAGCUAACAACGAUGUGGAAGGUGUAAGGCUUUCUAUUGAGAGAGAUCCUUCUUGUGUAGACGAAGCUGGUCUCUGGUACGGUCGUCAAAAAGGUUCUAAAGCUAUGGUUAAUGAUCAGAGGACUCCGUUGAUGGUUGCUGCUACUUAUGGAAGCAUUGAUGUGAUCAAGCUUAUUGUUUCUUUGACUGAUGCUAGCGUGAACCGCGCUUGUGGGAAUGAUCAGACUACUGCUCUACACUGCGCUGCUUCUGGAGGAGCUGUGAAUGCUAUCCAAGUUGUUAAGCUGCUUCUUGCAGCUGGAGCAGAUUUGAAUCUGUUGGAUGCUGAAGGUCAACGAGCUGGUGAUGUUAUUGUUGUUCCUCCUAAGCUUGAAGGUGUGAAGCUGAUGCUUCAGGAGCUUCUUUCUGCUGAUGGAUCAUCGUCUGCGGAACGGAAUUUACGGGUUGUGACGAAUGUUCCUAAUAGAAGCUCUUCUCCAUCUCAUUCUCCUACUGGAGAGAAUGGCGGACCGGGGUCUGGUUCACCGCUCGGUUCUCCUUUUAAGCUGAAAUCGACUGAUUUCAAGAAAGAGUAUCCAGUUGACCCGUCUUUACCGGAUAUCAAGAAUAGUAUCUAUGCGACUGAUGAGUUCAGAAUGUAUUCCUUCAAGGUCCGGCCUUGCUCGCGUGCUUAUUCGCAUGAUUGGACUGAGUGUCCUUUUGUCCACCCGGGCGAAAACGCGAGAAGAAGAGACCCGAGGAAGUUCCAUUACAGCUGUGUUCCUUGCCCGGAUUUUAGGAAAGGAGCUUGUAGGCGAGGAGAUAUGUGUGAGUAUGCGCACGGUGUGUUCGAAUGUUGGCUUCAUCCGGCUCAGUACAGGACCCGUCUUUGUAAAGACGGAACAGGCUGUGCUCGGCGUGUUUGUUUCUUUGCGCAUACACCCGAGGAGCUUCGACCUUUGUACGCAUCAACUGGUUCAGCGGUUCCUUCACCUCGAUCGAAUGCUGAUUAUGCAGCUGCUUUGAGUCUCCUUCCUGGUUCUCCAUCAGGAGUCUCUGUCAUGUCCCCGCUUUCGCCAUCAGCAGCGGGAAACGGGAUGUCUCAUUCGAAUAUGGCUUGGCCGCAACCGAAUGUCCCUGCGUUGCACUUACCUGGAAGUAAUCUACAGUCAAGCAGGCUAAGGUCUUCUCUUAAUGCAAGAGAUAUCCCGACGGAUGAGUUCAAUAUGUUAGCGGAUUACGAGCAGCAGCAACUCCUCAACGAAUAUUCCAAUUCUCUGAGCCGUUCUGGUCGGAUGAAAUCAAUGCCUCCUUCAAAUCUCGAAGAUCUUUUCUCAGCAGAAGGCUCCUCGUCUCCCCGGUUCACUGAUUCUGCUUUAGCUUCCGCGGUGUUCUCGCCUACACACAAAUCAGCUGUCUUCAACCAGUUCCAACAACAGCAACAGCAGCAGCAGAGCAUGUUGUCUCCAAUCAACACAAGCUUUUCUUCACCAAAGAGUGUUGAUCACUCAUUGUUUUCGGGUGGAGGAAGAAUGUCUCCUAGGAAUGUGGUUGAGCCAAUUUCACCCAUGAGUUCUCGUGUUUCCAUGUUGGCUCAGUGCGUGAAGCAACAGCAACAACAACAACAACAGCAGCAGCAGCAGCAACAACAUCAGUUCCGUAGCCUUAGCUCCAGAGAGCUCAGAACAAACUCAAGCCCAAUAGUUGGUUCACCGGUAAACAACAACUCAUGGUCAUCAAAAUGGGGAUCUUCAAAUGGUCAACCGGAUUGGGGGAUGAGCUCAGAGGCGCUUGGUAAGUUGAGAUCUUCGUCAUCGUUUGAUGGUGAUGAGCCUGAUGUGUCAUGGGUCCAGUCAUUGGUGAAGGAGUCUCCAACAGAAGCCAAAGAGAAAGCAGCAACAUCUUCCUCAGGGGAACACGUGAAGCAGCCAAACCCGGUUGAACCGGUAAUGGAUCAUGCUGGGCUAGAAGCUUGGAUUGAGCAAAUGCAGCUCGAUCAGCUUGUGGCUCAGCAGAAUUGAGAGACCAAACCAAAGAAUCACGUGUUCUUGUCUGGUCUCUCUAUGUGGUAGAUAAAAACCUCUUUUUUACAGGUGGUGGUGGUGGUAAUAGAAGGGUAACAAGAUUAACAAAGAAGAGAAGAGAAGAAAGAAGUUUUCUUUGUUUUUGGUCAAUUAAUUUUCACAAAAAAAAACAGUUUUUUUUUAGAGAAGAGAAGGGAACAAUACAAGAAAAAGGCUUAUGGGGAAGAAAGGAGAUGAAACAAAACCUUCUUGGUUUUCUUUCUCCCAUUUUCAAUUUUUUUUAGGAUUUCUUUCUCCCAUUAUCAUUAUUAUUAUUAUUGUUAUUAAUAUUAUUAUUUUUUAUAUUAUUAUUGUUAUGACUGUUUGUUAUCGUUUGUUAUAAUGAGUACCCUGAAAUUAAUUUCAAUAAUCUUUUAAAAAAAAAA